AGCACACGAUGAGAUUAAAAUAGUCUCAUGUGAAAGACUGGAAGGAUUUGUCUGCCAACUAAACCUUUACAAUGUCAAGACAGAGGACCAUGCAUAUCUCGCCAUUGUUGAUCUACCUCAUGCUACCCACUCUGCUUUGUAAAAACCUGCUCUGCUACUUCAGCCUCUACGAGACAUUGGAAACGAAGGGAAUCUUCAAACCUGUGGUGACAGAGUGCCCCCCAAAAGAGGUGUGCUACAAGGCCGAAGGUCGCUACGGGAACCACACUGGACUCACACACAGGGGAUGUAUGCUCCUGAAAAAUUGCAACGAAGUGAAAAAGAUCAACCUAAGGGGAGCCAUAUACAACACAAGCUACUCAUGCUGCGACUGGUCCUACUGUAACUCUGGCACAGACGUAUCAACCAACUUUGUCACACUGUUCAUUAUCAUGGGUGGUCUAUCACUAAAACUGAUAGGACUAUAAAAGUCUGGACAUUUGUGACGUUUUAAUAUGGUAAACGGCACUGGUUUGCACUAAUGUUGAUCUGACAGCCUCAGCACUGGCUAAUGCUGAAGUUUAUUUCAACUAGAAAUUUUUUCAUUUGUAUUGUAACUGUAUGCAUAUUUUUAAUCUUUAGUUAACAAUAAAACAUGUACCAUUUUACUGAAGCAUUUGAUACUUCUUUGGAGGUACAUAACUAGAGACCUAUAGACUACAUUUUAAGACACACUGUACCCACACUUCCUUUGAGUUUUUCAGAAAUUUAAGUGAGUUUAGAGUACCACUAAAGUCAUGAAAUGAAAUUGUUUUUUAAUGUGAUGUAAAUGUAAAUUUGCAUGUACAAAAAUAAACCUAGUGCU